UACCAAUCGUGCCGUUUUUUAAUAAUGCUCGCUCUCGCACGAGAACCACCGGCGAUAGAAAAACGGCAGGAAGUUUGAUUCUGCUGGAGGAGGGCGCUCUGAAGUGUGUACCCAAGCUUCGAACAGGGGAAGAAAAGGAGAGGAAUUUUACCGAAAAACGCAGAGAUUCAUCGAUUUUUUUUUGGAGCGGAGGAGAGAUUCCACAGAUUAAUCAGUGCGGAUAAGUAGGAAAUCAGGUAGCAUGAAAGGUCAUGAGAAGCAAGAACAGCCAUUGAUUCCUCCGGGAGGAAGUAGUUCGCAGUCAAGUGAAACAAUCCCCGUCCACUCCGAGCCACUUCCUCACCUCGGGAGCUCACAUGCCAUUGCCAUGGCACCCGGGGCUUACCCUUAUCCAGAUCCCUAUUGCAGAAGCAUCUUUGCGCCAAAUUGUGACACACAAGCCUAUCCUCCACAGCCAUAUCCCGGGUUCCACCUCCAGUUAAUGGGAAUCCAGCAGCACGUAAUGCCAUUGCCAUCUCACACGGUAGAGGAACCCGUCUUUGUUAACGCGAAGCAAUACCACGGGAUACUGAGACGCAGGCAAUCCCGGGCAAAACUUGUGUCCCAGAAUAAGAUGAUCAAGCCACAGAAGCCAUACUUGCACGAAUCUCGGCAUCUUCACGCGUUGAGGCGGCCAAGGGGAUGCGGUGGCCGGUUUCUCAACUCCAAGAAGAACGACGACAACGAGCAGAAGGAGGUUCCGUCGAACGAGAACACUCCAGAAGGGAAUGCCAACGGCAGCAUCAGCUCCGAUAGCCCUGCCACGGCGGCUCCUCCUCCUCCUAAUGGUACAUCUUGAGAUGUUUUCCGUUCUAUACAGCCUUAGUGCCAGUUAGCUCUCUAUCAGAUCAUCCUCUUAGUGUAAAAUGUAUCCACACUCUUUGUAGACUGUAUAGAAUCUUCUGAGCAAUUAGGUAACCUGCAGUGGCUUAAGAGAGAGAGAGAGAGAGAGAGAGGGAGAAUAAAUCUGAAGUGGUGAAUGAACUGUUGCUUUAGAACCAUUAUGCCAUUGUUGUUUCCAUGUUAGAUUGCUGCAUUGUAGCAAAAUCUAGUGCUUCAGACAGAACUUGGUAGGAAUAUACUAUAUUUUUUGAACC